AUGGAAAUAUCUGUUGACCAGGAUGCACCUCCGCCUCGAAAGCGUCGAAAGACCGAGGGAGACAUUCCCAAGUCUCUCUUCUGGUUUGGGCAAGGACCCGGCGUGACGCAAUUUGGAGUAGGACUUCUGCAACCAUUUUCUCAAGCAACUAACCCUCAUAUUGAUUACACUAGUCUGCAUCUGCCAGCAAUAAUAUUGUCUCCUGCAAAGACAACAAUGAGCCAAUCCCUUCCAGAUGGAAGUAACGGGCCUCAGUUCCAGGGUCUGCAGAUGAUGCACACGGACCCGCAUUCGGUAGCUCGAUUUGCGAGCCAGCAAAAGACGCAUGAACCCCUGAAAACAGAGCAAUAUCAGAAUCCGGGAGAAUAUCCUUACAAUGAUGAUAUUGCAGCAAAGAAGAGCCUGGCCUUUGGUUCAGCAUGCAGCUUACUUCCACCUCCCCGAGUACACGUCCGAAGUAGCUCUGCAUUUCCCGAAUUGAAUGACAUUCAUGUGGAGUCCAUUUCUGCUGCCGCUCUGUUCGACAAAAGACGGCGCGUGAAUUCUCAACCUACUUUGACAAGUGGCACCAAAGAAUCGCCUCACGAAGGCCGAGUGAAGACUACUCUUCCGAGGGUUCUAGUGAACGAGCUCCUCUUCUAUCACGAUCUCGACAGCUUGAUCUGGGAAUGGCUGCCUCUCAUUCUCGAAAACAUCGGUCUCUCGGUCUAUCCACGGACGAUGGAGUCAACGAAACCCUUCAGCACAUUGGCAAACGCAAAGGACUUUGCACUUUUCGCCGACGAGAUAUCGGGUCUUGCUCUAGAGAAAUUUUGUAUUCGAAGGUGGGACUGCGGCUUUCAGGACCCAGAUAAGAAUACAGAAAAAUGCUGGAAUGGACUUCCAAUAGGAUUGAAACGCUCUUACAUUCAGAGCAGAAUAGAUCAGUACCCAUAUCAGCCAUGUAUUCUAUCAUCUAAUGUGUAUCGCAUGCUACAGCCGGGAGCGGACAAAAUCGCUAAUGAAGACCAAAAAGCCAUACUGACUGAAAAACUCAUGGAUGGUAUCCUGAGUGGAAAAUUCGACCCUGACGUUAUGUUUUCUACUGUUCACUACCAAAAACGUGUCCAAGCCAAAAUUUUCCUUGAACCCGAGAGUGCAGUUUGUUUUAACGGUGUCCAUAAUAUGCUGCAGCUUGCCCUCGCGAUUAGUGCUAUCAAAAGGGGCGAUUGCGCCGAGCUCCAAGGACUUUUUGACCAAGGUCUUCGACCAGACCUGUGGACUGAGGAGCUGAUAUUACGUCCAUUGGAUGUUGCGGCGAGUGUUGGCAACGAAGCAAUCCACAAAGUCCUAAUCGCGAAUAAGAGCCCAGUGAGCAACUCACGCGGUUUCUUUGAGCCAUGGUCUAAUAUCUUGACUACAGCUGCACGGUGCGGCAAUGUGGAGGCUGUUGAGGAGUGGACUAGAGCAAUACAAAGCAUGAAUUAUAGUUACAGAGAUUGGAUGGGAAAUGCCAUUUGUUUGAAUAAGCCCUAUGAUACGAGCAUGGCUCUGAUAGAAGCACAUCACAGUGCGGCAAGAGGAGGACACGUGGAAAUCCUGAAGCUGUUGGGCGGGAGAAUCAAGCAUAUGAGUGCGGAGAAUCGUUUUCACUCAUUUGUAGAGGCUAUCAAAGUUGGACAAUGCGACGUGGUAGAAUGGUUUCUCAGUCAGGGUUCGGUUGACCUACAGAUGAGAACGAUGUACGAAAAGAAAGGACCGAUGUCUGCCGCAGUAUUUGACACCAACCGGAGAAGGAGGCCACAAAUGGUUAAACUGCUGUUGGAACAUGGAGCUAGUCCGAAUGAGAUCUUUUCGCCUACGGGUAGAACACUCUUGCAGAGGGCAUUAGAGCAAGAUGACUCGGAAACUGCGAGAUUGUUAGUGAAGUAUGGCGCUGAUGUGAGCUGCUGUGGUCAUGGGCCAACUUGUCAGAAGAAACCGCCUUUAUAUAUUGCUAUCAAGCGCAAGAAUGCUCCGAUGGUCAUGCUUUUACUAAGAAAAGGGGCCGAUCGAAUGUAUGGAGGAUUGUGCGAAAAAAAGAAUCUCAAAGAACGAGAUAUAGGUCACGUUGAGAAGAACUUGAUAUCAUUGGGUUGGAAUGACAAAGAGCUACGAGACAAAGUGCUCGAAUGCUUUGCCCUGAACUUUGAGGGCAUACGAAACAGCAAAUGA